AUAAACCGUGACACGCCCCCUUUACGGUCCAGUAAACGAAAGCAAGAAGUAUAAUUCAGGGAAUUGAAGUAGUCGAGCUCUGUCAAGAUGGCUCAAGUGUACGCGCUCUUGUUCGUAGCAAUCGUCURCAUGUCGAAUGUUUUCAUAUCAGUUUCGGCCAUGGCUGUCAACUUCACAGACUGUGGAUCCGAAAGCAAGCUGGUCAGYCUUGACAUAACACCAUGCAGUGAACAGCCGUGCAACAUGAAGAGAGGCACUACAGAAACUGGUACACUCACAUUCAUUCCAUCUGAAGACAUCACAAGUGCCAAGGUUAAGGCUUUUGCUGUCCAAGAAGGUUUCAACAUUCCUUUACCAAUCCCUAGCAAUGCUUGCCAGGGCUAUGGACUCGAAUGCCCCGUCAAGAAAGGAUCACAAGCAAAGUUUGUCGUCAAGCAAGAAAUACAACAAGAAUUUCCGCCCGUGAAGCUGUCAAUCAAAGGAGAAAUAAUCGAUCCUGAGGGGRAAAUGCUUGUAUGCUUUCAGUUCCCUAUUGUCAUUAGUUAACGGACGGACGUUAAGAACUGAUGUCAGCGUGUAGUCAAGGUCACAAGGUUAGGCGUAUUUGUACACAUUUUAAAGUACGCUUGAUCUACCUGUUGUAAAAUUGAAUUAAUCAUCAAUAAAUAUUACUUUGACRGACUAUA